UCUCUAGUGCAUUGAGAAUGGCUGGCCACACUAAGGCGUGUGAAAAAUCUUAAUAACCAAGUAAAAAGCUGCAACAAAUUUGUCAACGUGUUUCGUUCUUUUGAUUUCUCUUCGGUCAUUUUCGCCAGCGUGGGCUGCAAAAAAAACGCAAAGCACAAGAGCUGAGCACACUAACGGCUGCGGAACACUUGGUGGCCAGUUGGCUGUACGUGGCACCAUCGUCGCCGAAAGCAGCGUCUGCACCGGCGACUGCGUGCGCGGCAACGGCAACGGCGUCUGCCGAAAUGGCCGAUUAUUGGCCGCAGUGGACAAAUGGUUCUGCAGCUGCCUCAGCAGCUGAAUCAUACGACGCAGCAGAAGCAGCAGCAACAACAACAACAACAACCACAAAUGCAACAGCAAAUGCGGUUGGCAGUCACAACAACAACAACAACUAUGUGAACUUCAAUCAGUUCAUCAUGCAGCAUAAUUUGGGAGGUAAUGGUGGCGGAGGGGGAAACGGUGGUGUAGGAAGCGGCAGUGGAAAUGGCUCCUCAUCGGCAGCUGGAACUGCAAACGCUUUAACAAACAUAAUGCAACAUCCUCUGGGCAGCAGCGGGAGCAACGCCAGCAACAACUACAGCGUUGGCGGCGGUGGCGGAGCGUUUGGCCUGACGCCCAGCACAGUACAAUCGAUGGCGACAUCCAGCGGUUUUGAAAAUUUCUAUGCCAGCUUUCCGCCGCAGUUAUUUACGCCUUAUCAGAAUGGCGAUCUUGGCAAUUCAAACUACAAUAAUGGCGCUGCAACAUAUUCCGAUUUGUAUACACCGUUUGGUCACAAUCCCUUUGCCGCCGGCUUUGAGUUAAGCGCUUCCAAGCUGCAACCAAAUGCUCCAGAAUUUGUGCCUAACUUUGCUAAACUGAGUCUGGAGACGCCGGCAACAUCCACAGCAAUUACACGCAACAGUUUGGUCAACGGCAACAGUAAUAACAACAACAGCAUCAACAACAACAACAGCAACACUGCCGGUAGUCAAGAGACGGCCAAUGUAAAUGUUAUCGAAACUGCCAAUAAUGCCAAUCAGUUACCACAGCAGCAACAACAACAGCAACAACAACAGCAACAUCAUCAUCAACAACAACGUGCGGGCGCUACAAGCAAGUUGCAAUAUCGCGACGCCCACAAUUAUACCCCCACCGAUAGGGAAAGGGAUAGGGACAGGGAGAGGGAAAGGGAGCGGGAUCGUGACCGAGAGCGCGACUCGAAACCCGGCGGUAGCCGUCAGCGUCGUGCCUUUGUCGACUACCGUGAGGAGCGUGACGAGCGAUACGAGCGGAAGAAACCGCAGAAGCAACAGCGUUACGAUAAUCAUCGCAGCAAUAAGCGGCGCGAUGACUGGAAUCGCAAUCGCGAUCGCAUUAACGGCUAUCGCGUGGACGAGCUGCUGGACACCAGCAACGAGAGUCCCCUCAACUCGCCAGAGAAGCAGCGCGACCAGCAACAACAGCAACUGUCGCCGAAACGUCAGGCGGACAAUGAGAAACUGUCGCAGCGUGAGAAGCUCGUGCGUGACAUCGAACAGCGUCGUCUGGAGUGUCUCGUCUGUGUGGAGCCGAUCAAGGCGCACCAUGCCGUGUGGUCCUGUCAGAAUUGCUACCACGUGCUCCAUCUGAAGUGCACAACGACCUGGGCGUCCAGCUCGAAGGCGGAGAACGGUUGGCGUUGUCCCGCCUGCCAGAAUGUCCUGCAGGAUGUGCCACGCGAAUAUUAUUGCUUCUGCGGCAAGCUGAAGAAUCCACCGUUGACACGCACCGAGCUGCCACAUUCCUGUGGGGAGCUCUGCUGUCGCAUUGAAGGCUGUGCUCAUGCCUGCACCUUGCUGUGUCAUCCGGGUCCCUGUCCGCCCUGCCAGGCAAACGUGCAACGCAGCUGCGGCUGCGGCAAGACCUCCAAGACGAUGCAGUGCGCCAUGAAGGAGGAGAUCGCCUGCGGCGAGGAGUGCGGCAAGCUGCUGAACUGCGAGCAGCACACCUGCAAGGAGAAAUGCCAUGCCGGCAAGUGCGCCAGCUGCGAGCAUAAGCUGGAGCAGCGCUGCCACUGCGGCAAGCAGCAGCGUGAGGUGCUGUGCACGCGAGAGACGCACGACCGUCGCCACUAUUCGUGCAGCAAGCCCUGCGGCAAGGAUCUGGCCUGCGGCAAUCACAAAUGCAAGGACUCUUGCCAUGCCGGCAACUGCCGCCCCUGCAAGCUGAGUCCCGAGCAGGUCAGCAGCUGUCCCUGCGGCAAGGUGGAGGUGCCACCAAAACAGCGCACCUCCUGCCUCGAUGCCGUGCCCACCUGCGAGGGCGUGUGCGGCAAAACACUGCGCUGCGGCAAGCCCGCGCAUCCCCACCAAUGCGCCAGCAAAUGCCAUCUGGGACAGUGCCCGCCCUGCAACAAGCAGACAGCGGUGCGCUGCCGCUGCGGCCACAUGGAUCAGAUGAUCAAGUGCCGGCAGCUGUCCACGCGCGCCGACGACGCGCGCUGCAAGAAGCGCUGCACAAAGAAGCGCUCGUGCGGGAAACACAAAUGCAAUCAGGAGUGUUGCAUCGACAUCGACCACGCCUGCCCGCUGCCUUGCAAUCGCACCCUUAGCUGUGGCAAGCACAAAUGCGACCAGCCCUGUCAUCGUGGCAACUGCCCGCCCUGCUACCGCUCCUCCUUCGAUGAGCUGUACUGUGAGUGUGGCGCCGAGGUCAUUUAUCCGCCUGUGCCGUGUGGCACGAAGAAACCGGCCUGCAAGCGGCCCUGCUCUCGCUCGCAUCCAUGCGAGCAUGCCCCACAGCACAAUUGCCAUGCGGCUGCCACAUGUCCGCCCUGCAUGAUGUUCACAACCAAGUGGUGCCACGGACAGCAUGAACAGCGCAAAACCAUUCCCUGUUCGCAGGCCAACUUCAGCUGCGGCCUGGCCUGUGGAAAGGCCUUGCCCUGCGGCAGGCACAAGUGCAUCAAGCCCUGCCACGAGGGUCCCUGCCAGCCGGCAGCGGGAGAAAUCUGCCGCCAGAGUUGCACCACAGUGCGUUCCCAUUGUGGCCACAAGUGUGCGGCGCCCUGUCACGAUGGUGCCUGUCCGGAAACGCCCUGCAAGGAGCUCGUCGAGGUGCAGUGCGAGUGUGGCAAUCGCAAGCAGAAUCGCAGCUGCCACGAGCUGGCCCGAGAGUACAGUCGCAUCGCCACCGCACAGCUGGCCUCGUCCAUGGCCGAAAUGUCGCGUGGAAACUACAUGGAGCUGAGCGAAAUACUAGCGCCGGUCAAAAUUAACAAGACCAAUAGAACUCUCGAUUGUAGCGAUGAAUGCCGCGUGCUGGAGCGCAAUCGACGCCUUGCCAUUGGGCUGCAAAUUCGCAAUCCGGACGUACAACAGAAGCUGCUGACCAAGUAUUCGGAUUUCGUGCGCAGUUUUGCCAAACGUAACCCGGUGCUGGUCAAGUCCGUAUAUGAGACGCUCACCGAUCUGGUUAAAUUGGCUAAGGAGAGCAAACAAAAGUCGCGCUCCCACUCCUUCCCGACAAUGAAUCGGGAGAAGCGGCAAUUGGUGCACGAGCUCUGCGAAAUGUUUGGCAUCGAAUCCGUUUCGUAUGACAAGGAGCCUAAUCGCAAUGUGGUGGCAACUGCCUUUAAGGAUCGCUCCUGGAUGCCCGCCACCAGCAUCAUGGAGGUUUUGGCUCGUGAGUCUGGACAGCGACGUGUUCCUGUGCCUAGCAACAAUGCUUGGAGCUUGAAGAAGUAAUCAUAAGAUCGAUGGCUGGUUUUUUUUAUACAAAUAUUCAUUAAAGGAAUAAUGUUAUUAUGGAUAGGGUCGCUACGCAGACAAUAUAUGGAUCACUUUUCAUUUUUUUGUAACAUAAAAGAAAUUUGAGUAACUAUAGUUAAACAAUAGAAGCUGUUGAAAUGGAUAAACCAAAAUGUAAACUAGAGUGUUAAACAGAUGUAAAUGAUGAAUUUGAAUGUAAAGAGUAUAACAAUUGACUAUGUUGCAUUAUGAAACUAAAUGAAGAGAGCAAAAAGAGCAA